AUGGUGCCCAGUGGUCUGGGAUGGCCAACCAGAGAACUGAUUCUGAAUAAGGCAGCAGCUCUUUCUCAGCAGUUGCUGCCGCCUUGGCAGGGUCAGAGCGAGGGGGCCCCUCAGCUUGGGCACUUGGGUGGGGAUGGACACUCAGACCCUGAGCCAGCAGUGUCACCUCCCUACAGUCCCCGAUCUCAUCUCUCCCUCCCUCCUUUUCUCACCCCAGGGAAGAGCUUCACGCUGACCAUCACAGUGUUCACCAACCCCACCCAAGUGGCCACCUACCACCGGGCCAUCAAGGUGACUGUGGACGGGCCUCGAGAGCCAAGACGGCACAGGCAGAAAAUGGAGGACCAGCCCAAGGCCUUUCCCGAUCGGUUUGGUGACCUGGACCGGCUGCGGAUGCGAGUGACGCCGACCACUCCCAGUCCCCGGGGCUCCCUGGCCACCUCCACUCACUUCAGCACUCAGGCUACGGCACAAGGGACGUCUGACUUGAGCCCCUUCUCCGACCCGCGCCAGUUUGACCGCUCCUUCUCCAGCCUGCCUGGGCUCCCGGAGCCCCGCUUCUCGGACCCCCGGAUGCACUACCCCGGGGCCAUGUCGGCAGCCUUCUCUUACACGGCCAACCCCUCCCCCACGGGCAUCGGGGGCCUCAGCAUGAGCAGCAUGCCGGCGGCCACGCGCUUCCACCACACCUACCUGCCCCCUCCCUACCCGGGCUCCAGCCAGAACCAGAGCGGGCCCUUCCAGACCAACCCCUCCCCCUACCACCUCUACUACGGCACUUCCUCCGGCUCCUACCAGUUCUCCAUGGUGGCCGGGGGCGAGCGCUCCCCCACCCGCAUGCUCUCCUCCUGCACCAGCGCCGCGCCGGGCAACAACCUCAUGAACCCCAGCCUGACCAACCAGAGCGACGGCGUCGAAGCCGACGGCAGCCACAGCAACUCCCCGACCGCCAUGACCACGCCUGGACGAAUGGACGAGUCCGUGUGGAGGCCGUACUGAGGGCACUGGAGGAGGGGGUCCACGUGUGGGGGGCUGCACGCCCAUCCCGAGGCCCAGGGGAACAAACUGGGGGCGGGAGGGAAUGAAUUUCAUUUGCCGACUGUACGUAGGACCCGUGUUCCAAGACACAGAGAAAGCUCCUGGGAUGGGAGCCCCGGAGAACUUGGCCUCUGCCAGCGAGGCGCCUCCCUGGGGUUCAGCCUCCUGUAAAGUGGGGGGCUGGGCCAGAGGACCCCCGUAUCUGACGUUCUAAGGUUCCUUCCACCACCACUCUUCUUCCAGCGUUCCAAGGCACCCUUUGAUGUUCUGUGUCCUGAUGUUCCUUCCAGUUCUGUCUGAGCAGCUCCCCAUCCUGUGGUCCAAGGCCCUAUCCUUCUCUAAUCAGUAUUUCAAGGUCUCUACUGCGAGUCCUCCCCCCGGAGAAGGCACUUUCCCCUGCCCGCCAACCUCAGGCUCUCGUGUUUCCUGUUCCCUUUUCCCAGGCCCAAAUUCUGCCCUUUGGGGAGCAUCUGACCGCUUGGGGCAGAGCCCCCUCCUUGUGAUCCCCCAGAACCGUGGCGCUUUCCAGAAGAGCCGUCCACCCACUCCGCCUUGUGCCCCUGACACCCUCCCUCACCCCUUCCCUUGCUUAAGGACCCCAUCUUUCUCUCUCACAGCCUGGGAGGGGACUCUGGGUGACAUCAUCGGGCACAGGACAGCAGCUUUAGGGGGAUCCAGUUCCUGUGAGGUUUGGUCCAGGGCUUCCUCCCUUGGGACAGAGAGCCAUAGAAGGUCAUUGAUGGGAAGGUCUCCCCAACAUGUGUCCUGGUGGGAACAGCAGCAUCAGCCACAGGCCCUGGGCUGGCUUUUGGUGAGCCCCGGGCUCCCACCAGCCCCAGACCAUCCUCCAAGAGGCUUUCCCAGAGGCGCUGGGGGGGGUGGGGUGCCAUUGCCAACCCCCUCCAGGGAGACGAGGCUCUGGGGGUCUGGUGAGGGGCCACGGGAACUAGGGGAAGUUUGUGCAUUUGAGCAGGUGAAGAGGGCUGGGCAGCAAAAGCAGAGCUAGAGACCUUUCUCCCCGAGAUGGAGCGCUCAGGGAGGCGCAGAGAUGCUGGGCUAGAGACUGGAAAGCUUGGGAACCUGACACAAGGUCAGCUCAGAGCCAGACAUCCCCCCGACCUCAGCUUCUUCCUUGGAAUAAGCAUGACCUCCAAGGUGCUUUUUCCACCCGAAAUCCAUUACUUUUAUGUUAUCUAAGGUCCUGACAUUUCUGCUGGCUCCCACUCCCCACCUCCCAGCACUUGCAUUCUGUUCUAAGCACUAUUGUAAGGGUUCUUCCCUCUGCAACCUGCUAAGAUUCAAGUCACAUCCCAGGCCAUCAUUCUAGCUCUCGGUUCUUCUGAAUUGAGGUUCUGACAUCCUGGGUUCUAACAUUCUCUGUAUUUGGGUCUUUCCCAAUUCUUAAUUCUGUGUUCUGCAGACCUUCCCUGUUCUAACGAUUUCUGUUCUCAGGUCUCUCCCAGCUCUGACAUUCUCUGUUCUAAGGGCCCUCCCAGCUCUGACAUCCCAUGUUCUGAAACCCUUCUCAGCCCAGUUUCCUCGGCCCCAAUUCUCUAGUGUGGUCAGUACCAGGUUCUUUGAUGUAGGAAAUAUUAUGUGAAAAGGAUUUGGGAAGAAAAAAGCUUCUUGUUCAGAACCUAUUCAUUGUCUCAAUUUUGCUGUAAACAGAUAAGAAAGCACUUAUUACUUUGAACUGUUUGUUGGAAUGUGGAAUUCAUUUCUAAUAGGAAAAAAAA